CCUGUCCCUGGCCUGCAGGCCGUGCCCGGCCGUCCAGCAUGGUGGACUACUACGAGGUGCUGGGCGUGCCCCGCCAGGCCUCGAUCGAGGCCAUCAGGAAGGCGUACCGCAAGCUGGCGCUCAAGUGGCACCCGGACAAAAACCCUGAGAACAAGGAGAAGGCGGAGAGGCGAUUCAAACAAGUGGCCCAGGCCUACGAGGUGUUGUCAGACGCCAAGAAGAGGGACGUCUACGACCGAUACGGCGAGGCGGGAGUGGAGGGCGGCGGUGGCGGCCGGGGCGGCAGGCCCUUCGGGGACCCCUUGGAGGACCCCUUCGAGGGCGUCUUCACCUUCCGCGACCCGGCCGACGUCUUCAGGGAGUUCUUCGGCGGCCGGGACCCGUUUUCGUCUCACUUCUUCGGAGACCUGCUUGAGAACAUUUUGGGCGGUCGGAGGAGCUCCCGGGGAAGCAGAAGCAGAAGCAGAGAGUCCGCACCGAUUUUCUCCACCUUCAGUGAAUGUCCAGCAUCUGGAGGCGGUUUUUCUUCCUUUGAUACAGGAUUUACCUCCUUUGGUUCCCUGGGGAAUGGGGGCCUUUCUUCCUUCUCCAUGUCUUGUAGUGGUGGGACGGGCAACUUCAAAUCCAUGUCGACUUCCACCGAAAUCAUUAAUGGCAAGAAGAUCACCACCAAGAGAAUCAUUGAGAAUGGCCAAGAAAGGAUAGAGGUGGAAGAAGACGGAGAGUUAAAGUCCAUGAUAAUGAAUGGCAAAGAGCAGUUGCCACACCUUGACACCAAGUGA